UAUGUCUCCACACUUAUUUCUCUCUCCCCCCCUCUUCUCUCUCUCUAGAUCUCUCUCGCUGGUACAUACCUGCACCAUAAAACACAUAAAGCUGAUUUUUGACACUUCAUUUUUGUCUGUAAAUCUACAAUUGACAGGUCAUCUUUGUUCUCAUCUCAUAUCAUAUCAUAUAAAUUCUUUAGUUUCUCCUAUUGCAUACAUACCAACCGUUAGACAAUUAAGUCUAGCGGAAACCCAUCAAGAUUUAUUCAUUUUCUCCCAUUAUUAUUAUAUUAUUAUUAAUAUUAUCAAAUGGACACCAAGGGUGAUGUGUUGAUGCAACGUUACGAGUUGGGAAAACUACUGGGUCAUGGUAACUUUGCAAAAGUUUACCAUGCUAGGAAUGUUUUAACCGGGAUGAGCGUCGCGGUAAAGGUUAUAGACAAAAAGAAGGUACUGAAAAGCGGGAUGAUCACACAUAUUAAGAGGGAGAUCUCGGUGAUGCGAUUGGUGAAACACGCAAACAUUGUGCGGUUACAUGAAGUCAUGGCUAGCAAGACCAAAAUUUACUUUAUUUUGGAGUAUGUAAAAGGGGGUGAGUUAUUUGACAAACUGGCUAAAGGGAGGCUGAAAGAAGAUGCUGCAAGAAAGUACUUCCAGCAGCUUAUUUCCGCCAUCGGAUUCUGCCAUAGUCGCGGUGUUUACCACCGCGACUUGAAGCCGGAGAAUCUGUUGUUGGAUGAUGAAGGAAAUUUGAAAGUUUCGGAUUUCGGAUUGAGUGCAUUGGCGGAAACCAAGAGGCAAGAUGGGUUGCUUCACACAUGUUGUGGUUCACCCGCGUAUGUUGCGCCAGAGAUUAUUGAUCAAAGAGGGUAUGACGGGGCGAAAGCGGAUAUAUGGUCAUGUGGGGUGGUCUUGUUUGUGCUUUUGGCGGGUUUUCUUCCGUUUCAUGAUUCGAAUUUGGUAGAGAUGUAUAGAAAGAUUGCGGGUGCAAGGUUUAAGUAUCCGAAUUCGUUCCCUGUUGCAGCCAAAAGUUUGGUGUCAAAGAUGUUGGAUCCGAACCCAAUAACCCGAAUUAGCAUUGGGGAUAUUGUAGAACACCCGUGGUUCAACACGGGUUUGGUUUCUGAACCGGUAAUAACUGAAACCGGUGCUGGUGGUGGAGAUGGAGGUGGAGGAAAUUGUAACUGUAACGCGUUUGAUAUCAUUUCACUAUCGCGAGGAUUAAACUUGUCGGGAUUGUUUAACGACAAUGGCGAAGACGAGAAGGAAGUAAGGUUCAUGGUAAAGCAGCCAGCAUCUAUAAUUAUUUCAAAACUUGAAGAAGUAGCCAAGAUUUUGAAGAUGAAAGUGGUGAAAAAUAAUGGAGUUUUACUUAGAAUGGAAGGUGGUUUAGUAGUUGAUUUUGAAGUUUUGGAAAUAAUGCCCAAUGUUCAUCUCAUUGAGGCUGAGCUAGUGGCGGGUGAUCGAGUCGGGUUUCGGGAGAUCAUGAGUGAACAUAUUAGACCGGCUCUCACAAGUGUAACCGAGCCAAGUGAAUGAUCGAGCUUGACUUGUUUUGAGCUAAACUUUUGGCUCGAUAAUAGCACAAGCUCGAUAUUACUUGCGAGCUUUAUGGGGUCGGGUAUUUUAUACCCAAGCUUGAAUCGGAUACGGGCACGGGUAACUUAAUGGUUUGUGAGUUGGAUGGACAUGAUCAUACCUAAACUUUUGUACUCACUAGUCAUGACCACUCAUAUAAAGGAAACACGGUUUGGAUGUGUAUGGCGUGGAUGAAUUGUAGCUUCAAAUUUUAAAUAAAAGUUCGGUCAAUGUAAAUAUGAAUUGUGAACUAAUAUAUUAUAAUACACACGUUUUUGGUGGUCCUAAUAA